ACUUGAUGUCGUUUAAGCAUUGCAUCGACCAAAGGUUUUCGAAUAAAAAGUUUAAACAGGCUAUACUAUAUACUUAUACAUAUACUGGAAGCAGCGAUCCAUUCCAGAGAAAAAAUGUUUUUUAUAAAAUUGCUUUUUAUUGUUUGUAUUGGGAAAUGUUUUGAAAACGUGAUAUUUGCUGCUUACAAUCCAUUGCUAACUUACACAAUACGAUUUCAAAAAGUGUCAUUUCAACCAAACUUCACUGGAAACUAUACAAUUGAGAAACAUAGAGAAAAAGAAUUCGUCAACGGAUUUCUUUCACUUGACUCACCACAAACAAUAGACAAGAUUGUCGUAGUAUUUCAUCGUUGUAAUCCAGAAGGUGUGGACUGUGAAUAUUUCCAAUCAUGGUCAAUGACAGAUCUUUGUCCUAAAUUAAGGGACAAGAACCAAAUAUGGUCCAGUUGGUACGGGGCAUUUGAUCCACAGCCGGUUUGUCCAGUAAAAAAAGUGAAUUCUUUUAUAAGAAAUGGAACUAUUGAUUUUGAGCAAGCGGUUCGAUGGUAUCCUGAUGUUGUUAACUAUCAAUGGAAAGUGUCACAAAAGUUUUAUGCUGGUGAACGUUACAUAGGUACUUACACGUUUGAACUAUCGGUGUUUGGCUACAGGAAAAGAAACAAAAAACCAUCAAAACAAUCAAAACAAUAAAACAUAAUAUCAUUUUAAGUAUGGCAAUAUUUUACAAUUUACUUAACCAUUACCAGACUAUUUAAUUUUAUUAAUAACCACACUUACAACAAUUUAUACUCUGAGCCUAAGUAAUACAUUUUAUCAUCUAACUAUUAUUAUUGUUUGUACCUUCCUAAUAUUUAGCUCGGAACGAUGGUGUUAUUAUACUCGCAUUAUAAAAUUUGUUAUGAUAAAAUAAACUUAACAUUGUUUGUUGUAAGUUUUAUUUGGAUACACUUCAUAUCUGAUCUUAUGGAGAAAGAAGAACUCCCAUCUGUUCAUGCUAACCCCUUCACCGCUAAACACAUACCUGUACAGCACGAAGAGAAGAAGGAUGCAAAUAUCUGAUCACCUUGAGGAACCACUAAGCCAUCCAACAUCAUCAACCUCCGCCAAUUUCUUUCACAUUUGAUCAACCUGGUGUAACUGGCAUCACAAAUCACCAUACUACAUCAAAUUAUACACCUAUGUAAAGUUAUUCCCUUAUUUUAUAUUGUCUUAUCUCAUUUAUCGUAUGUAACCUUACCAUUAUUAACUUUUCUGUAAUCCAAGAUAUGUACCACUUAAUAUCUACACUAUGUCACUAUGAUGUAAUACAUUGGACGUCCAAUGGCCUUAUAGCAGCCGUGGACUGUUUUUGCACAUAAAAUAAAUUAAAAAAUUCAUUUCUAGUAUAACAUAUGAAUAAAUUGAAUGUAUCUAAAUAUCAUGGGUGUACACACCACACAUCGAUAAUGAUAAAAACAUUUUUAGUUAUGUGAAAUAGUCGAAGUAUAGAUGGAAGAUUGAAAAAUAUAUUGACAUUUUAGAAUG